UUAAAAAUGGAUUUGGAUAUUGAUACAGAAAAACUUCAAAAAUUAACUCCGGAGGAGAGAGACAAGGCAAUAAGUACAUUACGUCAACAAGCUAUUUUGCUUAAUCUUCAAAGUUUGGUUUCGGAAGUUGCUGAUAAAUGUACUCGAAAAUGCAUUACGGCGCCUGGAACUAGUUUGAGUAAUGGAGAAAAACAGUGUCUCCAACGUUGUAUGGACCGAUUUAUUGAAAGCCACAAUUUGGUUUCAAAGACUUGGUUGAAUGUGCAAUCAACACGUUCAAGUGGCGCAGGAAUGAUGUUUAAUUCGGAAUCGCCUUCAUUUUCGUAAAUUU